AUGGUCGUGACGCAAAUCCACAACGUUCUUGAACGCCUAAGACAAGAACAUUUCGUCGCCUCCAUAGUCUUCGCUACUGCAGCUACCGCCGCACUUCUAACCACAAUUUUGCUUCAGUACUUCAAACCAGUCGGAAAACGCAGAGGAAAAGAUGGAAGACGUCCCGUUCUACCACCAGGCCCCGAAGGCGUUCCCCUGUUCGGGAACCUGCUUCAAGUCAGUGCCAGUAAAGGAGACCCCUACAACAGAGGCCUCCUCUCCAUGGCAAAAUACGGAGAAAUGACCACUCUCCACCUAGGCUCAAAGACCCUAGUCCUCCUCAACAGCAGCCGCGUCGUCAGCGAAAUCAUCGCCAAGCGAAGCAGCCAGACGAGCACCCGAACCCCCAUGCCCAUCUCCAACGACAUCGUCGGCCGCAACCGCAAGUCCCUCAUCAUGUCCCAAAAGGACUGGGCCGAGCCCCGGCGCGUCAUGCACUCCCUCCUCAGCGGCACCGCCCUCCGCCAGUACGGCGAGUUCCAGGAGCUCGAGAGCACCCAGAUGAUGGCCGAGUACGUCUUCAAGCCGGGCAUGUGGUACCGCCACCACUACCGCUACGCCAACUCGGUCAUCCACCGCAUCGCCCUCGGCGAGCGCCUCGUCAAGAGCGAGGAGGAGCUCGUCGACAUGCAAAACGCAGUCACCUUCUUCGUCGGCUCCAUCGGCAGCUCCAUCAUCGACUGGUUCCCCGACCUCGCAAAGCUCCCGCGCUUCCUCCAGCUCUGGCGCCCGCACUGGGAGGCCCUCGGCCAGUGGAACUACGACCUCUACGACCGCUGGUACAGCCCCAUCGCCGCCAAGGUCGAAAACGGCACCGCGCCCCCGUCCUUUGUCCGCGACACGCUGCUCCACCCGGACACCAAGUACAAGGGCGACCACGUCGACGGCAUGUACGUUGCCAUGCAGCUCAUCGAGGCCGGCAGCGACACCACCCGCGAGGCUCUCAACAUCAUGACCAUGGCGGCGCUCGAGUACCCGGCCGUGUUCAAGGCGGCGCGCGCAGAGGUCGACGCCCUCUGCGGCGUCGACGAGCAGGCCCGUCUGCCCACCCUCGCCGACAUGGACGACCUGAAGUACAUUUGCGCCAUGGCCAAGGAGAUCCUGCGCUGGCACGUCAUCUUCCCGCUCACGCCGGAUCACACGACGUCCGCGGACAUGGAGUUUGAGGGGUACUAUUUCCCCGCGGGGACCGGGUUCGCCAUCAACGGGCCCGCCGUCGCCAAUGAGUGCGAGGAUCCGGACGAGUUCAAGCCCGAGAGGUGGCUGGACGGUCACGAGGCGGAUAUCGCGCAUGGGUUGUGGGCUUUUGGCGGCGGACGGAGGAUAUGUGUGGGAUACCGCCUGGCUCAGCGUAGCAUGUUUUUGAAUAUCGCUAGGCUGGUUCAGUGCGUCGACUACAAGCCUAACGGACCGUACAACAGGAACAUCCUGAACCUAGAGGCCACGGGCGAGCCCUUCCCCGUCAAGGUCGACAUGAGGAACAAGCAUUACGAGUCUCUCAUCCUGCGAGAGGCUCAGGUUGCUGGUGUUUUGGAGGACGCUAAACUGAUGCGGGACUAA